AUGGUGGAAAAUGGCAAAUAUGACAGACCUGCAACCCAAGCCGUGAUAUUUGGGUGGAAUGGACAUGAGAUUUACACAAUGUUUUCCCAUAUUAAUGCCCUCUCCCUUCCUAUCAGUCCCUUCUUUGACCUUGAAAAAGAUGGUGUCUAUUUCAACCACCAUGGACACAAGAGUAAACUAUUUGUCUCCGGCGAUUUGUUUUUUAAUGCCUACAACAAUACAGCUCCUCCUCCUCCUCCUCCGGUAAUGCAGAAUGUUACUACAAUCAGUCAAGAUUUUCUUGAAAGUUCAGGGUUGCCAAAUUGCGAAGAAUAUGGUCAUGAUGAUCUUUUAGAUUCGGUAGUUUCUCGGUAUAAGAAGAAAAUGGUGGCGACCACUAGGAAAGAUGGGCAUCGUAAGAUCAACACAGCUCAAGGCCCUAGGGAUCGGAGGGUGAGAUUCUCCAUUCAGAUCGCUCAAAAGUUCUUUGGUCUUCAAGACUUGCUAGGGUUUGACAGAGCAAGCAAAACCCUCGAUUGGCUUCUUACCAAUUCUGUGACCGCUAUUAAGGAACUGGUUGAAGAAACAAACCAGGCCUCAUCUGAUGAAUCUAGACAGAAAUUUCUGGAAACUAUAAUUGGAAAGAAAGAGUCAGUAAUCAAAUGUGGUGACGGCAAAAAAAAGAAAACCAGGCAAAAAUGCACAGCUGGAUGUGGAGUGAAUAAUGCUGCAAGAGACCAGUCAAGGGCAGAGGCAAGAGCAAGAGCUAGAGAGAGGACAAGAGCAAAAAUGCUAGUUAAGAAGCUUGAUGAUGACGACUUAGUUCCUGAUUCGAAGCUAAGCCUAAUGGAUUCAGGUGGCUGUUGGAGUGAAAUUGAUCAACCACAAAGUGAUUAUAAAAACUUAAGAUGGGAAUGCAUAAUGGAUCAAGAACAAAUGUCCAGGCAAUCAAAAGAUUCAAGCUCUUUAUAUACCUCCCUUUACCAAAAUCUAGAAUACUAUUUUAUGAGCAGCAGGUGA